CCGCCGUCGUCGCCGCUUCUGUAGGGAGCGCCGGAGCCCGCUGCGGAGAGAGGUCGAAAUGAACACGCCUGAGUAUGCUAGAUGCCUGUGAACUCCCCGAUCCUCCGGCGACUUUGGAAAGACUGCAAGAAAGAAGGUGGCGGAGUGGUGGACUCUGAGAACAAGCUCCUCCCCCUCGGGCUUGGCCUUCCUGCCCACAGUCCACCAUGGAGACGCUCUCCCAAGAGUCUUUGCUGGAAUGUCAGAUCUGCUUCAAUUACUACAGCCCCCGGCGAAGGCCCAAGUUGCUGGAUUGCAAACACACGUGCUGCUCGGUGUGCCUUCAGCAGAUGAGGACGAGCCAGAAGGACGUGAGGUGCCCCUGGUGCCGGGGCAUCACCAAGCUGCCCCCGGGCUUCUCCGUGUCCCAGCUCCCGGACGACCCCGAGGUCCUUGCCGUCAUCGCCAUCCCGCACGCCUCCGAGCACACCCCAGUCUUCAUCAAACUUCCGAGCAAUGGGUGCUACAUGCUGCCCCUGCCCAUCUCCAAGGAGCGAGCGCUGCUGCCCGGAGACAUGGGCUGCCGUCUGCUGCCCGGGAGCCAGCAAAAGUCCGUCACCGUGGUGACCAUCCCGGCAGAGCAGCAGCCUCUGCAGGGCGGGGCUCCGCCCGAGGCGGUGGAGGAGGAGCCAGCCAGGCGGGGCGCGGUGAAAAGCUCCACGUGGUCCGGGGUGUGCACUGUGAUCUUGGUGGCCUGCGUGCUGGUCUUCCUUCUCGGCAUCGUGCUCCACAACAUGUCCUGCAUUUCUAAGCGCUUCACUGUGAUAUCCUGUGGCUGAAGAGGGCCGCGGGGAAGUCUCUUGUGGGUGCCAACUAGCGGUUGAGCAGGUGUUGGUGAUGGAUCACGGUGAGGAGAUGGGGGGCCACGCUGACCAUUGGGUUCCGAGUGCUUGGCCUCUGGGCUGCCACUUGAUUAACCCAAGACAGACACGAAGGGUAGGAUGUGAGGUGUCAGCAAGAUACCAGGCAGAGCGCUCUGAUUAUUGGUGGCAACAGCUUCCAAGACGAUCGCAUGCA